AUGAACAAUGCAAAGAUUUCUAAUGAAACUGCUAGUACACCUGCAAAUCAAGUUCAACCAAUUUCUACCCGAUUCACACCUAAUAUUGAGGCAAUUCAAAAUGCUCUCAAUUUUUUAAUGGAUACUUACGAAGCUGAAGGUGUUGCAAUAUUAAAACAAUAUGGUAUUAAGAACACGCAAGAUCCCAAGGAACAAGCUGUACUUCUUGGCAUCGCAUCUACAAUUAUGCCAACAUUAUUGACCAAGUAUUCAGAUCUUCUUGCAGUAGAUUCUACUGGGCACCAUCAGAAAGAAUUUGAUGAAAGGAAAGUUAUCAUUUUAGAUGCGGAGAAACUUCAGAAUGCUAUUGGGAUAAUGAAUUACUUUAAGAAAGAUAUGUUAAUUUAUUAUCAGGAAAGAUACACUAAAUCUUUACAUGCUAAUCUUGAAAAAAUCAGAACAUCGAUGCAUGUUGAUGCUGAAGAGAUAAAAAGGUUACAUGCUGCUGCUGAAUUAGACGAUGAUGAUGUCCAGUAUGCUGCUGCUGAACUAGAUGAUGAUGAACUAGAUGAUAAUGAUGUUCAACAUGCUGCUGCUGAACUAGAUGAUAAUGAUGUUAGUAAAGAAAGCUCAAGAUUAUCUGAGAGCCGAGAAAUAAAAACCCCUGAAACAAAUGAUGACUAUUUCAUUAAACAGCAUGAAAAGCUAUUAUGUGUUACUCGCAAAAAUGGAAAAUUUGCUUGCCCUUGUAGUUUUAACAUUAUUCGUGGUCAUGAUUGCCAGGACAUUGCGGCUGUUUGCUUCUUUAUCAAUGAGCUUGAAGCACGAAAAUCUGUGCCUGAAUCAACAUCAAAUACUUCUCUAGAGUCUUAUAUUCAUCAAAAGAAUGUUAAUAGUCACAGCAAAGAUGAGCUUAAAUUACCUCAAAAAAGAGGACCUAAGAAUAAAAGAAAAAGCAGAUUAGUGCCAGGAGAGUCUAUCCAACUUCGAGACACAACACUAUACGAGCCUUAUCAUAAGGUUCAAAUUGUUGAAAUUAUUGGUGAUGGUGAGGUUAUUGUAGAUGUUACAUUGGAAAAUGGCGAUAAAGAUCAACGCAUAAUUCAAUUAGCUAACAUAAUCAGAUAUGAUGAUGAACAAUUAAAAAAAAAAUCAAAG